UGCUCUCUCCACUCGCGGGUUCAGACCAAUCAGCAAUCAUGAGAUUAGAUAUUUAAAAAAUAAUUUAAAAAAAAAAAAAAAACAUGCGCUAGUUUUAGUGUGUUUGACCGUAGCGCAAUAGGCCAGCGACAAGCUAUACACAACCAAAACACGCAUCAUCUCAUCUCCGACACUCACAAACGCACUCUCCCUACCGUCUGUCGUUAUGCUAUAAAACAUGCCAUAAACUACAUCGCUCAGCAGAUUAUCCCUCCGCCUUCAAAAUGUUGUUCUCCUCCUCCUCCUCUGUUUGAUUAGCGUCAGAGGAAGUCAUGGCAUCCAAAUAUCAACUGCUGCCCUCUAUUCAGCAGCUUCUCUUGUUAUUAUUCUCCACCACGGUGCUAACUACUUCCUCAAGCAAUAAUCAUGAGAUCCUGCAGAGAGGGUUCUCCGCAACACCGGACCCUUCCUCCUCUCUUCGGUUCCAACCCAUUCUCACAGACCCAACAUCCACCUUCUCCUUCGGUUUCCUCCGAAUCAACUCUUCCCUCCUCGACCUCUCUGUCAUCCACCUCCCCUCUUCCUUCCCUCUCUGGCGAGCCAUCCCAUCUCGACCUGUUUCCUGGUCCCACUCCACCUCUCUCUCCUUCAACGGCACCACUUUGCACCUCUCCGACACCACCACCACACCCGUGCCUUCUUGGUCAACCCCUACCCCCGCUGAUGUUAUUGGUGAUGGCUAUAAGCUCGUCCUCCUCAACUCCUCCAACCUCCAAAUAGCGCACAAAGAUCAAAAUCAGGCUGUUCCGUGGCAGAGCUUCGAUUACCCCUCCGACACCAUAGUCCAGCACCAGAACUUCACCUCCCAAUCCACUCUCUCCUCUACCAACCAACGCUUCUCCAUGAGCCUAGGCCCCACCUACCUCGGCCUCUACAUGCAACACCUUGGCGUCCCAUAUCGCCCCAUGUACUGGAAGCGCACCGCUCUCCAGGCCAAGGCCCAGAUCGUCCUAUCCCAGGGUCCCAUCUACGCCCGCCUCGAACCCACUGGAUUCCUAGGCCUCUACCAGAACGAGACCGCCAUCGUCGACGUCAUCUCCUUCGACACCUUUAAUGCAGGCAUCAAGAAGAACCUCCGGCGGUUGACUCUGGAGCAUGAUGGCAAUCUCAAAGCUUACUACUGGAAUGGGUCAGAUUGGGUUUCGGAUUUUGAGGCCAUCUCUCAAAUAUGCGAUCUCCCCGCCACUUGUGGGGCCUACAGUCUGUGCCACGUGAAAGAGCAGCAGUGUGGCGGCUGUGUCGACAACAGCACAGAUGGAGGGUGCUUCCCUGCAGAUUCGGGUGAUUUGUGCGGGUCAGGUGGGGGCGGGUUCCACGUUGUCAGGAGAGCGGGUGUGGAUCUGGCCAAUAAAGACCUGAUUGGGUUCCAGAGAGUUGAGUCGUUGCAGGAGUGCGAGAUGUUAUGUGAAAGAAACUGCAGCUGUUGGGGUGCGGUUUACAAUAACGUCUCCAGGGAUUGUGGCAUCGCGUUUGCAAGUUAUGGAGUUUGGAAUUCAAGGAGGUGGAGAAGCAGAGGUGAGGAUGAAAUGGGAAUGCCAUACAAGGAUCUGAAAUCAAGUUCAUUUAGAUCGAUCGAGCUGGCUAACUCCUUCAGAAAGUGA